CAUCGCGGUUCCAUAAACGGAGCAAGAGUCGAACAACUACUCUGCUCACCCUCUCUCAACUACCUCAACUAAUCCAUCACCUCCCUCGAUCGCACCAAACGCCACCCACAAUGACAGAACGCAAAGGCGCCUACGGCACCGCCGCCUCCGACACCGACUUCCGCAAAAAAUACGACCGCGCCGAAUACGCCGAAAAGGCGCGCGUCCGCGAGGCCGCCGAGAAAGAAGAAGGCAAGCUCCGCUACGAAGCCAAGCUCGCGGGGAAGAAAUACUACGCCCCUCUCACCGGCGACGAGACUCUCACGGAGGCGCGAAAGAGCAGGCUGGAUGUUGCAGGGAAUGUUGGGAAGAUUAGUCUGUUGCCGGCGGGGGCGGCGACGGGGAAGAGGGGGAGGGGAGGGGGGUUUUGGUGUGAGGCUUGUGAUUUGACUUUUAAGGAUAAUUUGCAGUGGGUUGAGCAUGAGAAUAGUAUGCAGCAUCUCCGCGCGAUCGGCCAAACAGGUGAGGUCAAGCGCGCGAGCGCAGAGGAUGUACACGAGCUAAUCGAGCGCAUCUGGGCUAAGAUGGAAGAAGAGCGCAAAGGGGACGUGAAGACGCUUCGAGAACGGCUCGAGGGGCGCGCGGAGGAAGAGGAGAAGGUGAGAGAGGAACGGAGGAAGAAGAGGCGGGAGCUAGCGCAGAAGAGGAGGGAGGAGAGGGAGAAGGAGAUCAAGGUUAAGUCGGAGUAUGAUGAGGAUAUUAGGGUGGAGGGGGAGCAUGAUGUCGAGGAUAUGGCGGCGAUGAUGGGCUUUGGGGGGUUUGGGACUUCGAAGAAGUAGGGCUAAGGGAAAGGCUAAUUUGGGAUAUUUAGCGCUGGCGUUGGAGGGUUGUGAUAUUGGGAAUUUAAAAUGACUCUUUAAAGAGUAGAGAAGAAGGAUUUUACGCAAGGCUGGGGUGCAUGUUUGUGGUUGGUGAUAUAUUAUCUGGGCCGAGCCACACGAGGCUGCCUGUCCAUGUUGGAAGUGCCGACUUGGGCAAUCCCACAAUGCUCCCAGCCUUCUUAUCCCAUUGCUUCAGUUUCACUUUUAUUGUUUUUUGCAUGCCCAAUAGCGAGAAUGAAUGCGCGGGCUGUGCUUGGCUUGCAGAAUGGCCAUGCAAUAGGGGAUGCAGAUUCCAAGGACCUUGGUGUAGGUGCAAGGCUGAUUGGCGAAUGCACUUGGUCGGAUGCAAUGCACCACACCAUCUGCAAUCGGUAUGCUGGACAAAUACUGGACAAAUCGUGAUUGCUGAGCCUCUUAUGGUGAGAUAAAGCCGGGAUGGGUAGCUGUCAUUUGGGACGGUUGGUCGGGAACUCGAAAUCCCAACUCAACAAGUCGACAAAUGGGCCCCUUGAGCGUCUUGGGCCCUGCUGGGAGUCUGGGGGACCUAAUCAGUGCAACAGGAAAGUUAUCUAGGCAGCUUCAUCGACUCGCGAAACGGGUUAGAACGGCGGGAGAGGAUAUUCACCUGUUUGCUUGUAUGCUAUCGAUGUUUUUAUUUGCUUCGGAUCGGGCAUGAGUUUACAUCCUUCAACACUAUUCAAGUGGGACUGAACUACUCACACUCUCGAUAGUGAAGGAAAAGGAUUUUUUGAGGGAU